CAGAGCCCCGCACGGACUCCGGAGCCCACUGGGCGCACGGUCCGUGGCAGUCCAGGAAGAACCCCAACCCCGCGCUACCCGCCUUGUUUGGCUCGAGUGGCCGCUGAGCGGGGAGCCCACCGGCAGAAGCUGCCUCCAUCACCCCGUGUCCUCUCCCCAUCUCUCGGGGUCUCCAAGAAGCCCGCCGAACGGCCAUGGGCGCACCUUCGCACCGGGCGCACCCACUUCUGGGACUGCUGCUGCUGAUACCGGUGGCCAGCAGCUCCGAGGCCGAGCACCGUCUGUUUGAGCGGCUGUUUGAAGAUUACAAUGAGAUCAUUCGGCCUGUGGCCAACGCGUCUGACCCUGUCAUCAUCCAGUUUGAAGUGUCCAUGUCACAGCUGGUGAAGGUGGAUGAAGUAAACCAGAUCAUGGAGACCAACCUGUGGCUCAAGCAAAUCUGGAAUGACUACAAGCUGAAGUGGAACCCCUCUGACUAUGACGGGGCAGAGUUCCUGCGUGUCCCCGCACAGAAGAUCUGGAAGCCCGACAUCGUGCUGUACAACAAUGCAGUUGGGGAUUUCCAGGUGGAUGACAAGACCAAAGCUCUGCUCAAGUACACAGGGGAAGUGACUUGGAUACCUCCGGCCAUCUUUAAGAGCUCAUGCAAAAUCGACGUGACCUACUUCCCAUUUGAUUACCAGAACUGCACCAUGAAGUUUGGGUCCUGGUCCUAUGACAAGGCGAAAAUCGACCUGGUCCUUAUCGGCUCCUCCAUGAACCUCAAGGACUACUGGGAGAGCGGCGAAUGGGCCAUCAUCCGAGCCCCAGGCUACAAGCACGACAUCAAGUACAACUGCUGUGAGGAGAUCUACCCAGACAUCACAUACUCACUGUACAUCCGGCGCCUGCCGCUCUUCUACACCAUCAACCUCAUCAUCCCCUGCCUGCUCAUCUCCUUCCUCACCGUGCUCGUCUUCUACCUGCCCUCCGACUGUGGCGAGAAGGUGACUCUCUGCAUCUCGGUCCUCCUCUCCUUGACCGUCUUCCUCCUGGUGAUCACCGAGACCAUCCCCUCCACCUCACUGGUCAUCCCCCUGAUUGGCGAGUACCUUCUGUUCACCAUGAUCUUUGUCACCCUGUCCAUCGUCAUUACCGUCUUCGUGCUCAAUGUGCACUACAGGACCCCCACCACACACACGAUGCCCACGUGGGUAAAGACCAUAUUCUUGACCUUGCUUCCCAGGGUCAUGUUCAUGACCAGGCCGGCAGGCAGUGAGGGUGACACACCAAGGCCAAGACCAGUCCCCAGCGCUGAGCUCUCCAGCCUGAACUGCUUCAGCCGCACAGGUUCCAAGAGCUGCAAGGAAGGCCACCCCUGCCAGGACGGGCUGUGUGGAUACUGCCACCACCGCAGGACAAAGAUCUCCAACUUUACUGCCAACCUCACGAGAAGCUCCAGCACAGAAUCUGUCGACCCUGUGCUCUCCCUUUCUGCUCUGUCACCAGAAAUCAAAGAAGCCAUCCAAAGUGUCAAGUACAUUGCUGAAAAUAUGAAAGCACAAAAUGAAGCCAAAGAGAUUCAAGAUGACUGGAAGUAUGUAGCCAUGGUGAUCGACCGUAUUUUCCUGUGGGUGUUCAUCCUGGUUUGCAUUUUAGGGACGGCCGGGCUGUUCCUACAGCCCUUGAUGGCCAAGGACGACGCCUGAGCCCUGACCCUGGGGCACACUGGGUGGAAGCUCUUUCUUUUUAAAUUGUGGUAAAACACACUUAACAUGAAAUUUACCAUAUUAGGCAUUUUUACAUUCACAGUUCAGUGAUAUUAAAUACAUUUUCAUUAUUGCGCAGUUAUCAUCGCUAUCCAUCCCCAUCACUCUUUGCAUCUUGUAAAACUGAAACUGUACACCCAUUAAACAAUAACUCCUUAUUUCCCCUCCCCAGCCUCUAUUUUCUGUCUCUGAGUUUGACUAAUAGAUAUUUCAUACACAUAGAGUCAUAUAGUAUUUGUCUUUCUGUGAUUGGCUUGUUUCACUUAGCAUAAUAUCCUCAGGGUACAUCCACAUUGUAGCAUAACACAGAAUUUCUUUCCUUUUUAAGGCUUAGUAGUAUUCCAUUGUCUGUAGAGAGACAUUUUCUCAUUCAUUCAUCUACCGAUGGACACUUGAGUUGUUCCCCUCCUAUUGUGGAUAAUUUGCUGUGAACAUGGGUGUACGGAUAUCUCUUUAAGACCCUGCUUUCAGUUCUUCUGGGUGUAUGAUAAUGCCAUCUUUAACUUCUCGAGGAUACUGUUUCCACCACGGCUGUAGCAUUUCAAACUCCCACCAAUGGUGCACAAGAGUUCCAUUUUCGUCACACAUCCUUGCAAACACGUUUCUGGUUUUUGAUAGCUGCCAUCCUGAUAGGGGUGAGGUGGUAUUUCGUACUUUUAAUUUGUAUUCCCCUAAUUAGUAAUGUUGAGCAUCUUUUCAUGUGCUUACUGGCAAUUUGUAUAUCUCCUUUGGAGAAAUGUCUGUUCCAGUCCUUUGCUCAUUUUUGAAUCAGGUUGUUUGUUUUUUUCUAUUGUUACAUUUUAGGUCCGUAUAUAUUCUGCACAUUAAUCCCUUAUUAGAUAUGUGACUUGCAAGUAUUUUUUCCAUUCUGUGGGUUGCCUCCUUACUCUGUUGAUACGAUUCAU